UGACUUUAGGCGCGGAAAAAGUGUCAACAAUAAAUUCAACAAUGGCACAGGGAAAAGUGACAGAUUUUUUUUCUACGAGAAAAAGAAACCCAGGGCUUCAACCAUCAAAAAGAAGAAAGGUUGAAAUAUCUAGCACAGAGGUAGAUAUUUCGUCUUUGGAUAGAACAAAUGUAAACCCGUACAGAAAUCUUGCACAAGGUAAGGAAGUGGAAACGGAGGAUGCGAGGAAAGAGAAUACAGUUUUCUCCCCAUUACAAACGCGAGCAUCGAGGAAAGCAAAAACUGUGCAGGUAUCGACCACGAUUACGAAGAAGACAACUAGGACACGGAAGGCCAAGGUAGAUCCUAAACAGAAGUUGAUACCCCAAUCAUUUGUAGACCCGUUGACGUCUGAAAGUAAAGGGGAAAUAACUCUAGCAGAAGCUGUCACCUCGUCAUGGGACGAUCAUGAUGGACCCAUUACUACACCAGUCAAAGAUAUUGCAGAACCAGUGUCAAAUGCUCGUAAAAGGACAAGAAAUGGAAAGACAGGACAGAAGGAAUUGCAGAAAAGUGAUGAGGCUACACCAGAAAAAAGACAGCCUUGCAUGGAGCCCCAAAAGGUGGAAACUAAAGCUCGCAAAAAAUUGCAGCUUAAACAUGCACAGGAAAAGAAAGAAAAUGACUCAGAAUCAAAGGGUGAAACAGAGUCUGCAGAUCCAGAGAAGGAAAUUGCAGAACCCUCAGCACCAGACAGCACUGUUCCUUUACCUGAGGUGAAUAAGAGCAGUGUCAAAAUGUCUGCAAAUGUUGCUGCUGCUUUGGAAAAGUGUAAAAAUAUGAAAGCCAAAAAACCAGAGGUGAAAACAGCUUCAUUUCAUGACAUGAAAACAAAUCUUGCAAAAGUAGGUAACCUUGACGACCUGAAAGCUCGUCUUGCCCAGAUGAAAGAAACAAGACAGAAAAUACAGGGACCGAAACUGAAGAAAUUUGAUAAGAUUGAAAUUGAAGUAAAGAGUGAAAGUGAGACAAAACCAAAAGUACCUGCAUAUGAGAGAUUUCACCAUCUGGCUACCCCAGCAGCCCCAACACUCAGCUUGCCAUACAAAUAUCGACUGCUAGCAGAACAGUUCCGUGGGAUGGACCAGGUAGUCAGUAUGUUACACAACAGGAAUGAAAACUGCACUUUCUCCAAACUCAAAGUUGCUGUUCAGGAACUAACGAAGAGGAAUUUUGAGAAACAGCAUAUCAGUAAGAUUAAGACGGUAUACCCAGAUGCAUAUGACUUGCGACAAGAAAAGGGCUUACAGAACUUGCAGGGUUUCAAACAGUCAGGGUACCAGCUGACAGUAGCAGCAAGGCUCGAUGAUGCAGAUUCAAAGAAUUCUCGCCAAACCUUUAAGGCUUCUCAUCUUCUGGCAAGGAGAAAUGUUUUCCACAACAGUUUAGUUCAGAUUGUAAAACAACAUCAUAAGGAAUUUUUAUCAAAGCUGAGUCGACCUUUAUCUAUACCUGAUGACAAAAUAACAAGAUGGCAUCCAAAGUUCCCACUUGACGAGGUGCCAGAUAUUUUAGAGAGUCCACUUCCCCAGCCGCCAGAUGUACAGACAUAUCAGACUGCGAAAGAUGUCCUAGAAAGUACACGAGGAAAUCUCUCGCCAAAGGUUGAAGCAGCACUUAGAUCUACAGUACUUGAAACCGAAAAGUCCUCCACUGCUGUUCCUGUCUCUACUCCUAAAUCAGCUCCAACUCCGAAACCUACAGCCAGUAUGAAAGGUGUUCCUCUAUCCUUGCUGGAAAAGAUUCGAGCAAAAGAGGCAGCAAAUACUGCUGCUGCGCUCUGCAGGGAUCCAAAAGAAGAGAAGCGUUUGGUAAUGUUAAAACGCUUGCCAGAUGUGAUGAGGAUUAUACGAUCUCACUUUGUUACGGAAAAGAAGCCUGCUCUACCUUUAGAUUCAGUCAUACAGAGAGUGUUUGACAGCUACAAGACAAGCAUUGCUCAAGGUGAUGUAGAGCCUCAUAUCAACCUUUGUAUGGAGAUUGUCCCUGAAUGGAUUUCUAGCAUACAGAUCAAAAAAGGAAAAUACCUGAAAAUAGACAGAAAUAUUGACCUUCAACAACUCGCAGAUAAAGUGAACAAUAUCGUAAAAGGCAAAAAAUGAGGAACAAACUUUUAAGUGAUUUUCAAAUUGUGUUCAGUCAAAGACUAUUGGUGUUGAUGCCAAUAAAAAGAAAAACCAAGAAGAUUUUGAUGGAUUGACAGGGAAGUAGAAAGUUUCAGUGACAGAUUAUAGAAUUCUUUGAAAAAGAAGGAACUACUUUUUUUCUGCAAGAAUAUUGGACACUUGCCCAGAUUGGAGUUUGUUUGAGAAACAUCCUCUUGUCAGGAAAAGGACAGUUUACCAUGUUUUAGUAUAGCAAGAUUUGUUCUUAAAUUUUUAACUCAUAUUUAUUGUUACAAGCACACACAUGUUUUUAAUACACAAUAAAUUUUAGGUGUUUAUGAUAGGUGGGUAAGUAUGUAUCUUGCACACCAUGUGCUCUAGUUUACAUAGUGUUAGAAGGUAAACCAUAGCUUGAGUUAAAUUAUUAAAAUCUGUAAUGUGAACAUUUUAAGGUCAUAGCAAGCCAGGUGUAUGACUCCUGUUAAUAUCUUUCCAAAAAUGUUUCAUUCAACUAUUUACUGUCCCAAGAGGUAAUUCUCAAAAACUGUGUAUAAAGACCUUGAAAAAGGAAGACUGGUGUUUAAAAUUGUUCUGUUGAUAAUGCAUAUAAUAUUCAUGAUAUUUUCUUUUUUGUACCAAACUUCUAGUUUACAUGAUUUAUCUUGAAGGCUAUAUUUACCAUGUAGGCCAUGUCCAACUUUUGUGAUUGUUGGAUGUCUGUCCAUCCACAUCUGGUACAAUGUUUUUUUAUGCAACAUUCACUUUUUCGCAGAAAUUUUAAAAUUUACACAAUAGUGUAUAAUGACAAGAGUUUUAUAAAGUUUGAAUUAUGGCCGAAUGUUUACACUCUAGCGCCUAAGUUUCUUCUCCAGUGGACUCUGGCCGAGUGGUUAAGGUCCCUGACUUGGAAUUACUUGCCUCGCACCACUGCAGGUUCCAAAUUUUACUUUGGUUGAACAAUUCUUUCAGGUGGGGAAGCAAUCCAUCUGACUUGCAGAAGAUUUCUUGCUAGGCAGUUCUGUACUUUACAUAUUGUGAUCAGGCAAAUUUGAAAUGGUAUUUAAUUGAUGUUUAGGUGGCCUCGAGAGAUAUAGGGCAAUCACGAUCUACUUUUGUAUGCAUUAAAUUUGUCUUUUCAGCUAAAAUGUUUGUAUUUGGGGGACAUAGAUGGAUGAUUAUAUGAGCCGCGCCAUGAGAAAACCAACAUAGUGGGUUUGCGACCAGCAUGGAUCCAGACCAGCCUGCGCAUCCGCGCAGUCUGGUCAGGCUCCAUGCUGUUCGCUUUUAAAGCCUAUUGGAAUUGGAGAAACUGUUAGCGAACAGCAUGGAUCCUGACCAGACUGCGCGGAUGCGCAGGCUGGUCUGGAUCCUUGCUGGUCGCAUACCCACUAUGUUGGUUUUCUCAUGGCGCGGCUCAUAUACUAAUGAUUUGGCAGUAGACUUUUUGUCCAAAUGCCUUGCUCACAUUUGUGUCAAAUGAUCACCUCAUCAAUGCUAAAUCGAGACCUAAGGUUUAAGCUCUGUAUCUCCUAAACCCCAUGAAGGAUUUUUUAUGAAACUUUGGUCAAAUGAUCACCUCGUCAAGACGAUGUGCAGAACUUACGAGUCUGCCAUGUUGGCUCAAGGUCAAGGUCACAACUUGAGGUCAAAAUUUUGAGCCUUACAUUUUGUGUCCACUCUGCAUCUCCUAAACCCAUUGAAGAAUUUUCAAAUUCAUUGAUGUCGUCAUAUAUAGACUAUAAAAUAUACUUGACAAAGUCGAUGCUUCCACCCAAUACCAUCAAACAUUUCACUAUCCAUAACAGCGGCGGGGGAUAUAGCAGUUUUUCAGACUGCCUUGUUACAUAAGUUUAAAGACAUGCUGCUGAUACUGUGGUUCAACUAUGACUUAUACUGUUUUGUCGCCAUUAUAUCGAAGCAAAUAAAUAAAAUGGUUGUGAUUAGGUUGUGGUCGGUCAUGUUGAAGUGUAUGUUAACAUUUUUAGAAAUAAUUAUUUUAAUUAUGUAUGCUGUAGUUAUAAUAUCUGUACUUGGAUGUUGUACACACAUAUUUCUUCCAUUUAGUUAUGGAAAUAAAGGAAAGGCAAACAAG